UGCUUCGGUCGGCUGCCGAGCUUUCCAGAGCUCCCGGAGCGGCCCCUCCGUGCGGUAACCCGGCCAGCCACUGGCCGGUGGUCCCUCCUAGAUAUCACCACUUCUGCAAAGCCCCGAAGGUAAAUCCUCCCAGGAUCCGGGCAGUUUGAGCGCGAGGGAACCAACGACAGAGGCGGGCGGCUGGAUGGCGGCGGAGGGUAACGUCCCGCGGCAAGUUUCCCAAGAAAGCUGAACUUGCCCCAAGUUUCUUGUGCAUCAGUUUGCACCCGGCGAAUAGGUGGCGGACUUUUUCCGUGCGGGUGGUCGUUGGGUGCGGGAGAGACGAGGAGGUAAUUGGGUUAAUCCGUUUGGGCACAGCCCAGAUUUCUGUGUCCGACUGCGCAGCGUGGUCCGCGCAGUUUUUGCCGGAGAAAGAGCGGGUAAGUGACACGCAGUUGUGUCCCGCGCAGCAGCGGGUGACCGCUGGCUCAGAGCGCCCGUGUCUGCAAGGCGUGCCGGGUGGCCUGGAGUCAAAGUUCCAUGACUCCUUUCUUCUUUAAGCAAGUCUAACUGAGUACUGACCCUCGCGGGGCUCACCCCCGAGGCUUCGCUAUGGACGGCGAGAGCGAAUUGAAUUUUUCCAGCAACAGUUUAACCCCUUUGUGGCGGAGGCGGUCGACCCCUCAACCCCAGCUGCUGGGCCGGAGCAAGCCGAGACCUCAGUCUUACCAGAGUCCCAGCGGGUUGCUUAUCACAGAUUUCCCGGUGGAGGACCUAGGAACGCUUCCCGCAGCGCAGACUCCCGACCGGGUGCCCACCGCUUCGGAUGGUAGGACUGUCCAGAGGAGCCCCCUGCUUCUCUGCACCCAUCGGAAGGCGGUGACCAAUGGGAGGACGGUCUCCCCGGAGUACAGGGCUGUCUCUCCUCGGCUCCGACGGCCCAAGUCACCCCAGACUCCCAAAGGAGCGUCGGGCGGUUCCCCGAAACCCCCAGCGAAUGGUACGGUGACUUCUCCCGCGCCUCAGCGGCUGCGCCCCCCGCGGACUCCUAACGCAUCCGCCCCCUGCAGCCCAGAGGGAGACCGGCUCAAAUUGAUUGCCAGCCCCCUGCCUUCCCCCGCUGCAAAUGGGCUUACUCCUAAUAUCGACUCCCCAGGCUCCCGUUUGCAAUCCGGCCAGACAGCUAAGGACUCUGAGCGGGCAUCCUCGCCCCAGAAUACAUCUUUGGAACAAAAACUCCCCCUCCAAAGGCUGCCCUCAAAGGAGAAUGAGCUCCCGGAGAAUCCUUCAGUGGUUUUGAGCACAAACAGCCCUGCUGCCCUCAAAGUGGGGAAGCAGCAGAUUAUUCCUAAGAGCCUGGCCUCGGAAAUUAAAAUAAGUAAAAGUAACAGUCAGAAUGUGGAGCCCCACAAGAGACUCCUAAAGGUGCGCAGCAUGGUGGAGGGCCUCGGGGCGCCCCUGGGCCCCUCAGAGGACGAAGGCGAGGUCGAGAACGACCUAGACAGCCCUGGGUCUCUGCGGAGGGGCUUGAGGUCCACGUCCUAUCGCAGGGCGGUGGUUAGUGGCGUUGAUUUUGACAGUCCUACCACCUCGAAGAAGAAGAACAGAAUGUCCCAACCGGUUCUGAAAGCAGUGAUGGAAGACAAGGAGAAGUUUUCCAGCCUUGGAAGGAUAAAGAAAAAAAUGCUGAAAGGACAAGGACCAUUUGAUGGGGAAGAAAAUGCUGUCCUAUACCAGAACUACAAAGAAAAGGCCUUGGACAUUGACUCUGAUGAAGAGUCCGAGCCCAAAGAACAGAAGUCGGACGAAAAAAUCGUGGUUCAGCACAAGCCGCUGCGAUCCACAUGGAGCCAGCUCUCUGCGGUGAAAAGAAAUGGAUUAUCUCAGGCAGUCAGCCAGGAGGAAAGAAAGAGGCAAGAGGCUAUCUUUGAAGUUAUAUCCUCAGAACAUUCCUAUUUACUCAGCUUGGAGAUCUUGAUACGGAUGUUUAAAAAUUCUAAAGAACUGAGUGAUACGAUGACGAAAACAGAGAGUCACCAUCUCUUCUCCAACAUCACAGACGUCUGCGAGGCGAGCAAAAAAUUCUUUAUGGAGUUGGAAGCAAGGCACCAGAAUAACAUCUUCAUCGACGACAUAAGUGACAUUGUGGAGAAGCACACGACGUCCACGUUUGACCCGUACGUGAAAUACUGCACCAACGAAGUCUACCAACAGCGGACGCUGCAAAAGUUGUUAGCCACCAACCCGUCUUUCAAGGAAGUGCUGUCAAGAAUCGAGUCCCAUGAAGACUGUAGGAACCUGCCCAUGAUCUCGUUCCUCAUUCUGCCCAUGCAGAGGGUGACUCGCCUUCCCCUGCUGAUGGACACUAUCUGCCAAAAAACACCUAAAGACUCUCCGAAGUAUGAAGUUUGUAAAAGAGCCUUAAAGGAAGUAAGCAAGUUGGUCCGUCUGUGCAAUGAAGGCGCCCGGAAGAUGGAGAGGACGGAAAUGAUGUACACAAUUAACUCACAGCUGGAAUUUAAAAUUAAGCCUUUUCCUCUGGUCUCCUCCUCCCGGUGGUUGGUGAAGAGGGGCGAACUGACAGCCUACGUAGAAGACACUGUGCUUUUCUCAAGAAGGACGUCCAAACAGCAAGUGUACUUCUUCCUCUUUAACGACGUGCUCAUUAUCACCAAGAAGAAGAGUGAGGAAAGUUACAACGUCAAUGAUUAUGCCUUAAGAGAUCAGCUAAUGGUGGAAUCCUGUGACAAUGAAGAGCUCAACUCUUCUCCUGGGAAGAACAGUUCCACCAUGCUUUAUUCAAGACAGAACUCCGCCAGUCACCUCUUCACUCUGACAGUCCUCAGUAACCACGCGAGUGAGAAGGUGGAGAUGCUGCUGGGGGCUGACACACAGAGCGAGCGAGCCCGCUGGAUAACGGCCCUGGGACACAGCAGCGGGAAGCAGCCUCUGGACCGAACCUCACUGACCCAGGUAGAAAUCAUUAGAUCCUUCACCGCCAAGCAGCCGGACGAGCUCUCCCUGCAGGUGGCAGACGUGGUCCUCAUUUACCAGCGCGUCAGUGAUGGCUGGUAUGAAGGUGAGAGACUGCGAGAUGGAGAAAAGGGCUGGUUUCCUAUGGAAUGUGCCAAGGAGAUAACCUGCCAAGCCACCAUUGAUAAGAAUGUGGAGAGGAUGGGACGUUUGCUGGGACUGGAGACCAACGUGUAGCCUCUCUGGGGGCCUUCUGGGACUGCGAGAUUUGCACGACGUCAUGGCGGGCGGGCUGGUUUGGGCUGCCUUUCUUGUUCCCUUUAACGCAGCUGGUGUAAUUAAAAGAAGGAAAACAUUCACCUUAAGCUUGCCAGCUGGUUUUGCGCUCUCAGGAGAACCGCUCCUGGAUACUGUUAGUGCACCAAGCUCAGUUAGUUAGUACACGGGGACCCUGUCACAGAACCUCUAGGUAGACAGAACAGCUGAGCGAUCCACCCCAGGGAUCAGGUGGCUUCAGCUUCCCCUCGUUGCACUGGGUCCGGCAUCAAAAAAUGCACACAAAUGCUGUAUCCCCAUUUUCUCUAUUCUCACUUAACAAAGAAUGUGCUGAUCUCUCUAAGCCUCUUCUUUAUGUGGUUUUCCCAGCAUUAGCAAGAUUUUGUAUCUUUAAGGAAUACCCAGUUUUGUAAAUAUUUUCUUGCUCCUACAUUUUAGAUCUGAUUAGGAUGCUGUGCUGAUUUAAAGGAACUGGUGGAGUUUUGAAGGUGAGCAAGGUUUUUUGGGACCUCUUCCCAGGAAAGGGAAAUGGACACUUGAAUUUUUGCUGCCUCUUUCCUCCUUAGCCAGGAAGUAAGAUGGCCCUAAAGAUUUUCGUAAUCCAUCUCGCUCAGCAUUGGUCUUAAGUAAGGAUAGCCUGAGAAAACUAAACUACUUCAACAUGGAAUUUAGGUGAUUCACAUAUGUGAGAAAAAAUCCUCAAUACAGGCCUGGGCUCCUACUUUAAAAAUCAUCCCAAAUAAUGCUGAUAAACUGACGCGAGGCUGCUUUGCCUCCAGUAAUACAAGGUAUUUGACUGUAACUGUUCUCCUUUGUUUCCAAAUAGGGAAUGGGCUGAAACACCCUUCAACACCCUCAAGCAGGACAAAAUUAGGCCUUACAAGGUAUCAGGAAGCCAGCAUGGUACUUAAUUGAAAUGUAGCAUUUUGCCCUUAAUGGGAACCUAAUUUAUUUGCACUGAGGGCCUCACUGGCUGGAUUUGGAGCCUCUCUUUCCUGCGGGUGUCUGCAGAGCUUUCUUUCGUUCCCUCAUGCAAAGGGAGAGAAAAGACAUUUUAAAAGUUAUGUUCCAUAAAGAGGGCCUGUGGGUUCAGAAGACCGAGAGGGGAGAGGUCAUUUAUACUGGCAGCUUUGUUCCUGCUCUGCUCCGACCUCUUCCACAAAGGGUUAAAACCUGGCCAAGGGUGCAUCACUCAAGGGCACAGAUCAAUGUGUGACAUGUCCCAGCUACCAUCUGCCGGUCGGUUACCCAGAUUGGGAGUCAGGCUGCAGAAGCCCAGUGCGGGAGGUCAGUAUGCGUGGCUCACACACUCUGAGUCAUGCCACCUCGGCUGUGAGCCAAGGUGGGCGCCCUGGGUCUUCGCCCCUGGAUUGCUCUCCUUUACCUGUGCACAUUGCUGAGUGUACACACCAGGCCGAGUUCCUUGACGUCCAGAAGUCAUGGCAGUGGGCGUAGCGAGAGGUGUUUUGGAGUUAGCAUGAAAGAAAUCUGUCUCCUUCCUCUGUAACAUCACAGGCUUUUUGGAGGAAAGGCUAACAAAUUGUAGUCUAAUCUAAUGUGAUGUUUUCAUUUAGGAAGAAAAGUCAAUUUGUUUGCCAAGGGAUCAUUUUGUAUUAUUUUUGCUAAUAGCCAGAAGCUGAAAAGCAAGUAUAUGAGUCCUGUGAAUUAAUUUAUAAGUAGAGGUGUUGAACAGUUUGGACAUGGGUGCACCUGAUAAAUCAAAGCCUUGUUUAGCAAACAGGUCAAUACUGUUAUUAGGCAAAGUGUUGUUUGAUGGCAGGUGUCUAAUCUUCACAGUGUUUAAGUUCGACCGGGAAUUACUGUUUUUACGUGACACAGCACUGUUUUCCAACUUAGUUCGGUUUCUAGAGUAGCUUCUCUGAAUUGUACAAUUUCACUCUGUGACCUGUGGAGAACAAAAAUGAUCAUUUUCGUCCUAAUGAAUUGAGGCUGCUUGUACACUUUUGGUGAAAUAUGUGAAUUUAUAAAGAUUUUGUAUAUACUCGUUCAUUUGUUCUGCUGUGAUUUAAUUAAAUCACACGGCACACGGCAUCACUGCACAGAAAAAACGGACACACACAGGGACUCUAGAUAUUUCAGUCACAUGAGACAAUAACAUAAUUAGAAUAGUUAUGUUUAUGGAGAUAAAGACAAACUUUAAGACGCAAUACAGAACUAACAACCACA